AUGUAACUUUCCAGGUGAAAAAUGGUAAAGGUAGAAGAGGUGCCUCUCCAGACGCUGACAAUGGCGAGGACGAAGAUGAUGAUGAUGAUUUUAAUGAUGAACCAGAAGAGAUCGACAGAGAUAUGGCUGGUCAGUUUGGAGAUGAGGAACCUGCAGAUGAAGUAGAUAAAGAAGAGACUGUCAAACCUAAACUGAGUAAGAAAGAAUUAAAAAAGCUUAAAAAACAGAUGGAAUAUAACAAACAAUUAGAGAGUUUGGACCCCAACAGUAUACACCAGUUCUCUGUCUCACAAGCUGAAAAAUCAGCCAAAGCAGCUGUUCUAGAAAACCAGCUUGAUAUUAAGGUUGAGAAUUUUUCUAUAUCGGCACGUGGGAAAGAUCUGUUUGUAAAUGCCAGUUCUUUUAUAUCACUGGCUAGGCAGAAAAAGAUUAUGGCUUUAGUAGGUUCACCGAACACGGUUUAUUAUUACAAUUACAGACACGGAAAGACAACUUUGUUGAAGCAUAUAUCAGGCCGUGCCCUUAACAUCCCUCCCAAUAUAGAUGUCCUAUAUUGCGAACAAGAGGUGAUAGCUGAUGAAACUCCAGCUUUGUCUGUUGUCCUGAAAGCUGAUGUAAAGAGAGAGGCUUUGCUGGAGGAGGAAAAAAAACUUGUAAAGGAAAGUGAUGCUGGCAACACGAAAAAUUCAGAAAGAUUAAAUCAGGUAUAUGAAGAGUUGCGCGCUAUUGGGGCCGACGCAGCUGAACCAAAGGCUAGAAGAAUUCUGUCCGGUCUCGGAUUUACCGUAGGAAUGAUGGAACGGCCGACCAAAAGCCUGUCAGGUGGAUGGAGAAUGAGAGUUUCAUUAGCAAAAGCAUUGUUUUUGGAGCCUACGUUACUGAUGUUAGAUGAACCUACAAACCAUUUAGAUCUAAACGCUGUUAUUUGGCUAGAUAAUUAUCUUCAGUCAUGGAAGAAGACGUUGCUAGUCGUCUCUCACGAUCAGAGUUUCCUCGACAAUGUUUGUUCAGAUAUUAUACAUCUAGAUCAACAAAAACUCUUCUACUACAGGGGAAACUAUGCUACCUUCAAGAAGAUGUUGGUACAGAAACGAAAGGAACAGUUGAAAGCUUAUGAAAAGCAAGAAAAACAAAUCAAGGAGGAUAAAGCCUCAGGGAAAUCCAAGAAAGUUGCUGAAUCAAAAGCAAAGGAAGCUCUUACAAGAAAACAGAUGAAGAAUCGCACCAAGCAGGAAAUGUUUGCAGAAGACGAGAAGAAAACCGAGUUGUUACAGAAACCGAAAGAAUAUAUGGUGAAGUUCCGGUUCCCAAAACCAGCUCCGCUCAAUCCACCCAUCCUUGGUAUAUCAAAUUGUACAUUCAGUUAUGGAAAAGGCCCGGCAUUGUUUAAGGAUUUAGACUUUGGUAUUGAUAUGAACUCAAGAGUUGCAAUUGUUGGCCCCAAUGGUGUUGGGAAAAGUACAUUCCUAAAACUGUUAGUGGGAGACCUGGAACUGACGGUGGGAGAGUUGCAAAAGAAUCACAGAUUGAGGAUUGGAAAAUAUGAUCAGCACUCUGCAGAUCAACUUACACCAGAUGAAACACCCAUUGAACAUUUACAGAGAAAUUUUAAUAUGGACUAUCAGCUGUGCAGGAAGACUUUAGGAAGUUUCGGUUUACCCGGACAUGCUCAUACAAUAAAGAACCGUGAUUUAUCCGGUGGACAGAAAGCGAGAGUUGCCCUCGCUGAUCUGACUUGCAGACAACCUGAUGUCCUUGUUCUUGAUGAGCCUACAAAUAAUCUUGACAUUGAGUCAAUAGACGCCCUAGCUGAAGCUAUUAAUGACUUUACAGGAGGUGUGGUGAUUGUCAGUCAUGACCAGAGAUUAAUCUGUGAAACAAAUUGUACUUUAUGGGUGGUAGAAGAUAGAACUAUUAACGAAGUGGACGGAGAUUUCAGUGAUUAUAGAAAAGAACUUUUGGAAGAACUAGGCGAAACUAUAGCAACGCCAGGAAAUGUAGGGGCAAACUGAUAAUUUAUUAUCAUGCAGAUAACUGGACAUAGCUUGUUUAUUUAUUUUACGAAAGUUUCCAGUCAUGAAGAGGUUAUUUAAAGAGUUUCAUUUCUGCAUAUUGAAAUGAUCUUGAUUUCUGUAUGAUCUUUACCUUUAAGGUCAAAUGUAGGAAUUUUUCUGGGUUUUCUCUCCUUUUUAUAAACAGAUUUAGGCCAUAAAAGCUCAAGUAGUAUUUCUGUCAGACAGAUCACACUGGGUGACAGAUAAAUCAAAAUAAAUUUAAAAAAGGAUUUUUUUUAACUUUAUAUACUGUAUAUUGACUUUUUUUCUGGUCUUAAAAGAUAAAUUUUAUGAAGAAGAAAAGAAAAAAAACUUUACUUGAAUUUUUUCUUAUAAAGACUUAUAUUUAGGGAAUGAUGGAAGGUAGUUGUUAUUAUGUUUCUUUAUUCAAGUUUUUAAAAAAAUAAAAGUUCAAAACUAACAUCUACUGCAAAGGAGAUAUUCCCUCACUAGAACUUAAUUGUCAAACUGAGAUUGUACUGUUCAUAUUUAUAUGACAAAAUUUUGAUUGAUGGUCAGUUCUGCAAGUUUGUGUAAAAUGGAUAUUUAAAUUAUCAGCAGUUCGAAAUGAAAUUAAUGCUAUGUUAAAUUAUAUAAAAGGUAGGAGACUCAAUAAAAGCUGAAAAGAU